AUCCACAAAUUCAAUUAUUCUGCAAUGAGAGGACACUGUGGGGUUUUUAUGAUGGUAUUGUUUGCCUGUGGCACAGUCAUAUAUGUAAUAAAUGAUGAAAAUAACAAUAUUUUAAAUGGAAAUGUAAAAACAAUUCAAGAUACAAUUAUAUCUUCCUCUCUGCUUGAAAGUUUACAGUUGGUGGACAGAGCUAUUAAAAAUACAAUAAAAAGGAGUGAUAUUUCUAGCAAACUGCCUAACUCCAUACAGAUGUUAUCAUUCUUAAAAAGAGCAGCACCAGAAAGUGAAGAGGUUUCAAGGGCUGCUGAAAUUUUUGAAACUACAUGUCACAUAAUAAAGAAGAAUAUAUAUCAGAAACAUAAAAGAUCUAUAAAUACUACAGACUUUCUUACAAAUGAUGAACUACAAAAUAUUGCAGCAAUAUCUGGAUGUCAUUCUCACUUACAGCCUCCCAUUUGUCAGAAAUCCUGUUUAAUAAACAAAUACAGAACUAUCACUGGAGCCUGCAACAACAGAAAAAAUCUUAGGUGGGGAGCAUCCAAUACUGCUCUGGCCAGAUGGCUUCCUGCUGAAUAUGAAGAUGGCUUUAGUCAACCAAAAGGUUGGAAUCCUGGUCAUGUGUACAAUGGUUUUGAGCUUCCAUCAGUUCGUGAAGUAAGCAAGGCACUUUUUCAGUCAUUUAAUCAAAGUUCAACCGAAGAUAGUAUCUACAGUCGCAUGCUUGUAGAGUGGGGACAGUACAUUGAUCAUGAUAUUUCAUUUACCCCUCAAAGCAUAAGCAAAUCUACCUUUAUAACGGGAGUGGACUGUCGGAAUACCUGUGAAAAUUUAAACCCUUGCUUUCCAAUUAAGAUUCCAGUAAACGACUCAUUUUCUGCUUUAAGAAUGUGUUUACCAUUUUAUCGAUCCUCUCCAGCUUGUGGUACUGGUGAUGGAGACAUCCUGUCAGAUACUGUGAAAAUGUCUAAUAAAAGGCAACAGAUUAAUGGUUUGUCAUCCUUCAUUGAUGCUUCAACUGUCUAUGGGGGUACCGUUUCUGUUGAAAGCAAAAUUCGAAACUUGACAAAUAAGGAAGGACUUCUAAAUGUAAAUAAAAAGUACCAAGACAACGGACGAGAAUUUUUACCGUUUGUUGCUGAAGUCCCUUCACCUUGUGCUCAAGACCCUUUAGAUAACAAUGGGGAGCGAACUGACUGUUUUCUUGCGGGGGACAGCAGAUCUAGUGAAGUUCUUUCCCUGACUACACUACAUACUAUUUGGCUACGGGAACAUAACAGAAUUGCCAAAGCUCUGAAGAAAAUAAACAACCACUGGAGUGCAGAGACAGUCUAUCAGGAAACUCGAAAAAUUAUUGGGGCUUUACAUCAGAUCAUUACCUUGAGGGAUUAUGUUCCAAAAAUAAUAGGCUCUGAUGCAUUUGACCAUUAUAUUGGAAAAUAUAAAGCAUACAAUCCACUAUUAGAUCCAACAGUUUCCAAUGUUUUUUCAACAGCAGCUUUUCGCUUUGGGCAUGCAACUGUUCCACCAGUUUUAAAAAGACUGGAUAAUAUGUUUGAGGAGAAACAGAAUUACUCAUCUGUCAGGCUGCAUGAGGCAUUUUUCAGUCCCUGGAGGCUUAUAAAGGAAGGUGGAUUGGAUCCAGUAAUCAGGGGAAUUUUGGUUCAGCCAGCAAAUGUGAUAGAUCAAGAUAACCUGAUGACUGACGAAUUGACAGAAAAGUUGUUUGUAUUUAAUGCUACUGGUACAUUUGACUUGGCUUCUUUAAAUCUACAGCGAGGACGAGACCAUGGUCUUCCAGGUUAUAAUGACUGGAGAGAAUUCUGUGGUCUCCAUAGACUUAAUACAGAAGGUGACCUAAGCACAGCAAUAAGUAAUGCAAAUUUAAUAAAGAAACUCUUGGAAAUAUAUAAACAUCCUAGCAAUAUCGAUGUUUGGCUGGGAGGACUUGUGGAAGAUAUUCUUCCUCGUGGAAGAACAGGGCCAUUAUUUGCCUGUUUAAUAGGAAAACAGAUGCAUGCAUUAAGAGAUGGUGACAGGUUUUGGUGGGAAAAUGAAGGUAUAUUUACUGAAAGUCAGAGAAGUGAACUUGCAAAGCAUUCGCUGUCUCGUGUAAUGUGUGAUAACAGUGGAGUCAAUGAAGUGCCAGGGGACUCUUUUCUGUUAUCACAGUAUCCUAAAGAUUUUAUUUCAUGUGAUAUUAUAUCAAGCAUGAACUUGAAUGUGUGGAAGGAAAGUAAUGUUCAAGUGGGAGUAUGUGGAUCACCCAGAGAAAUAGAAAAUGGAGACUAUACAUUUUGCCCAAAUUCUUCCCACGAGGUUGUUUCCUAUUCGUGUUUUGCUGGUUACCGAUUAGAAGGACAUGAAGAAAUAACAUGCACAAAAAGUGGAUGGAGUCAUGAUCCUCCUGUAUGCGUAGGCAAGUUAUAGUUUACUGUGUCAAAAUAUGUUU